GGAUUCACUGUGGCGGGAGGUGUUUAAGAAAAGCCUGGGCAUGGCACUCAGUUCUCUGGUCGGGUUGCCACGGUGGCGAUCGGUCACAGGUUGCAGCGCGCCCUUCCACCCCGGUUCAUCCCGCCAUUCCGUGAUUCCGUGUCCGGCCCGGCGCACACUUCGCUUCCCGCGGGGUUUGGCCCCGCCGCGCCGCCGUAGCGCUUCGCCUCAGAGCCGCGGCGGCCGCGGGUCCCGGCGAUGUCGUUCCGCGACCUCCGCAAUUUUACUGAGAUGAUGAGGGCGCUGGGGUAUCCUCGACUCAUAUCCUUGGAGAAUUUCCACACCCCAAACUUCAUGCUUGUGUCAGAAGUGCUGCUGUGGCUGGUGAAAAGGUAUGAACCUCAGAGUGACAUUCCUGGGGAUGUGGAGACAGAGCAGGACCGGGUUUUCUUCAUUAAGGCCGUGGCUCAGUUCAUGGCUACCAAGGCUCACAUCAAGCUGAACACAAAGAAGCUGUACCAGGCUGAUGGAUAUGCUGUGAAGGAGCUGCUGAAGGUCACCUCGGUGCUUUAUGGGGCCAUGAGCACGCAGGGAGGGGAGCCUGCACACCUCCCCGAGGAGGACAGCACCAAGUUCAAGUUUGAUCUGGGCUCUAAAAUUGCUGACUUGAAGGCAGCCAGACAGCUUGCUUCUGAAAUUACCUCCAAAGGAGCAGUCCUGUAUGACUUACUUGGCAAAGAGGUGGAACUGAGGGAAGCAAGGACAGAAUCUAUUGCCAGACCUUUGGAGAUAAAUGAGGCUGAGAAGGUGAUGAAAAUUGCCAUUAACAGCGUUCUGGGAGAAGUCCAAAAGACUAAAGACAUGUUGAAUAAUGUGGCUUUGGAUGAAGCCAGUUUGGAAGCCAAGAUUGAAAAACGAAAAUUGGAACUGGAGAGAAGCCAGAAGAGGCUGCAGGCUCUGCAGAGUGUUCGCCCUGCUUUCAUGGAUGAGUAUGAGAAGAUUGAGGAGCAGCUGCAGAAGCAGUACAGUACUUACCUGGAGAAGUUCCGAAAUCUGACCUACAUGGAGCAGCUCCUGGAUGAUCACCGACGGGCAGAGCAGGAGAUGUUUGAGGAAGCAGCCAACAUGCUACGUCUCAUUCAGAACAGGCUGAAGGAGGAGGAGCAGCACCUGCUCAAGAGUGGCAGUAAUGAUGAUUCUGACCUAGAAAUCCAGGAGGAUGAAGGAUCUGACAGCGAGGGGGAUUUGCAGAUCCCGAGGCACCGCAUGGGCACAGACUCUCUCCUGCAAGGAAGAGUUGGCACACGGAUCAUGGGAUCAAUGCAAGGUGGAGACACAGAGGAAGAUGACGACUCAGGGGAUAGUGAGAUUGACCUGGAUGAAGAUGAAGAUGAGGAGGAGGAGGAUGAUCUGGAAGAUGACAGCAUGGAAAUCUCCCCAGGCAAAUCCAGUCUCCGAGCAAGGAAGCCAGAGCCACUGGAGCAAAGUGAUAAUGACUUCUGACCCUUCAGUAGCAGGAGGCUCUGGAAGCACAAACUCUGGAGAGGCCAGGAGCUAAAACCCUGCUGUCUGAAAAGUGUGUGUCAGGGUGAAUUCAGGGGUUGGUAAAUAAUGUUCAUUAAACCUGAAAAUUAAACUUGGAUUGCAGGUUUGUGAAUCUCAAAGCAUGAGCAGUUUAUCCAUAAUGAGAAUCACAGUAAUGUGCACUUAUUUCCAUAAUUGCACUAAACUGGCUCUUGUGCACUGCAGUGCCAGAAGUCUCACUCCAGUGAGCAUGGUGUGCCUGAUUUCCCUGCAUUUUAUUAUGUCCAAAUAGAUUUCUUUGGCUUAAUAAAACUGGAUGAAAAGCU